AUGGAAUAUAUCAAAAUCGCAAAAGUUGACCAUGUUGUAAUGCACAGGAAGGGCAUUUCUGCCAGUGGGACUUUGCACUUGACCACGCAUCAUUUGAUCUUUACAUCGACGCUUUUUGCGCGCGAGUUUUGGUUUGCCUAUCCCACAAUUGGUGCUGUUUUCAAGAAUAGAGGCAGCGCUCUGAUCUCCAAGUUUAAGGACCAUCAUGAGUGCCAGGAUCCGCUUUACAAAGGAAAAGACAUCUGGUCGUUCUGGAAUAUCAAAAUUGUGGGGAAGGACUAUACUGUUUUCUCUCUCGAUUUCCAGGACGAGCACUUGGCGCAGGACGUCUACGACUCGAUCUUAAAACUAACGGUUCUGCACGAAGAGCAAGAGCUUUACGCUUUUAUUUACACGCCCAACAGAGCUGAAGAGCCUUUCAACAGCUGGAAUAUCUACGAUCCCUUGACAGAAUUUCGUAGACAGGGGCUUACAUUUGGCGAAAAUUGCCCUUGGAGAGUUUCUAACGUCAAUCAGGAUUUCAAUCUUUGCAAAACCUAUCCCCGCGUCUUAGUGCUACCAAGUUCCAUUUCAGAUACGUUGCUUACGCAUUCCAUAAAGUAUCGAUCUCAGAACCGUAUCCCGGCCUUAACAUAUUACCAUCGUAAGACCAAAACCUCCAUUACCCGAUGUGCACAGCCGCUACCGGGCUUGAUCCAGCAGCGGUCUAUUCAGGAUGAAAAGCUAGUCAACGAAAUAUUUAACUGCUCGUCUUCCUCAGAUCUUCAGAACUUUAGGGCGGUUAAAAAUAUUAUCGUUGACGCGAGACCAACUACCAAUGCUAUGGCACAAACAGCGCUAGGAGGUGGUACCGAGAACAUGGAUAACUACAACUUUGGUGGCACUGUCACCCGAAUGUUUCUGGGAAUAGACAACAUUCACAUUAUGAGAGACUUGCUCAAUUACGUUGUUGACCAUAACUUGGUCGACAACGACCUAAAUCUUCCGAUUGACGUCAAUGCACUGAAUGAAGGCAAGUCUGCUCACUGGUUGAAGUAUAUUCGAAUGCUUCUGUCUUCUACUGAUACUUUGGUAAAGUCUGUUCUUUUCAAUAAUUCGAAUAUUCUAAUACACUGUUCCGACGGAUGGGACAGGACAACUCAAGUAAGCUCUUUGGUUCAAAUUUGCCUUGAUCCUUACUUCAGAACGCUGGAAGGAUUUAUGAUUCUAGUUGAAAAGGACUGGCUAUCAUUUGGCCAUCGCUUUGCUGAAAGAACAGGCCAUUUGAACUCUGAAAGCUCAUUUCAUGAUAAUUCGACAAGAAUGAGCAUAUCUGGAGCCGCAACAAACAUGACACAAGGAAUUGACCUAAAUUCCUCUUUAUUUGGAUUCUCCAAUAAUAACAAUAAUAAUAAUGAUAAAACAGAAGUUGCAAAUGGAGAGCUCACCGAUUUGAACUUUUCGUCUCAUUUGCACUCAUCUGAAUUCAUGAAUAAAGUAUCAAAGAGGUUAGUGACAAAGAAGUCGUCAAAAUUUACCUCUCCUGUAUUUCAACAAUUUCUCGAUUGCGUGCAGCAACUCCUUCGGCAAAAUCCAUCAAAAUUUGAAUUUAAUGAGCGGUUCCUGAGGCGCUUAGUCUAUCAUUUAUACUCUUGCCAGUACGGAACUUUCCUUUUCAAUUCGGAACUAGAUCGUGUCACACAUGAUGCUCAAGAAAGGACUAGAAGUGUUUGGGAUUAUUUCAGAUCACGAAAGGCUGAGUUUAAGAACGCAGAGUACAACUCUACAGAAAGCGGUGAUGAUGACUGGAUUUUGCCCGAUAUAAAAAAUGUCAAAUGGUGGUGGCAACUUUUUGGCAAGAAAGAAGAGGAAAUGAAUUGCGCAACCUCGUCAUCAGCAAGCCGACCAUGCUCUGCCGAAGAGAAUAAAAAAGCAAGCCUAAAAUUUCCAACACUGAAUUUAGAUAUCUUUGGAAGAAAGUGA